AUGGCGGCCAAACUUAUUGAUCGACAGUUCCAUAACGUGCCUGGCAAGCUUCGGGUGGCGGAGCUGUUUUUUGAGGUCCCUGUGGACUACAGCAAGCCAAACGACGAUAAGUUAAGGCUAUUUGCCCGCAGUGUGUGCAAUCUAAACAAACCCGUCGAACCUGUCAAAGAAGAACCAAAACUACCCUGGCUCGUUUAUCUUCAAGGGGGACCGGGUUUUGGAUGUGGCGCCCCGCAGAACUAUGGCUGGAUCGAGCCAGCUCUGACAAAAGGGUACCAGGUUCUGUUUUUGGAUCAACGUGGAACAGGUCUUAGCUCGACCAUCACCGCAGGAACCCUUGCCCGUCAGGGUGAUGCUAUCAAACAGGCUGAGUAUCUCAAGAACUUCCGAGCUGACAACAUUGUCCGUGACUGUGAAGCAAUUCGUCACUAUUUGACUGAAGACUACCCCGAGGAACAGCGCAAAUGGAGCAUUAUCGGACAAAGCUUUGGCGGCUUCUGUGCAGUUACUUACCUGUCUAAAUUCCCAGAAGCUCUGAAAGAAGCCUUCCUCUGUGGUGGAUUGCCGCCGCUUGUCACUGAGCCGGAUGCUGUUUACGCGCGAACAUAUGAAAAGGUUGAACAGAGGAAUCAGGCAUACUAUGCCAAGUUCCCUGGUGAUGCUCUGCGAGUGAAGAAGAUCAUGAAUUACCUAGCAACAAACGAGGUCACCUUGCCGUCAGGAUUCUUGACUCCGGCUCGUUUCCAACAACUUGGCAUUCUUCUCGGAUUCCAUGGUGGUAUCGACAGCUUGCACGAGAUUGUUCUUCGCGCUUGGAAUGACCUGGAAGUAUUUGGUUACCUCACAGUUCCAACACUUGCUGUCGUUGAUAGUAAUGGCGGAAUGGACAAAAACAUCAUCUACGCCCUUCUGCAUGAAUCGAUUUAUUGCCAGGGCAAAUCAUCGCGCUGGUCAGCGGAUAGACGACGUGCCGAGUCUCCACAGUUUCAUAUCGAUGAAUCGAAACCCGAGAUUUACUUUACCGGAGAAAUGGUCUUCAAGGAUAUGUUCGAGUCAUACUCCGAACUGAAGCAACUUCGAGAGGUUGCAGAAAUCCUGGCUACUGCUGAUGAUUGGCCUACUCUGUACGACGAGGCUCAACUAGCAAAGAAUAAGGUCCCGGUCUAUGCAGCUACCUACAUUGAUGAUAUGUACGUGCAUUUUGGUCUGGCCUCCAGCACGGCUGCCAAAGUCAAGGGAAUCAAACAGUUCAUCACCAACACUAUAUAUCAUGAUGGUCUGCGGAGUAGGUCAGACGUGGUGAUGCGCCAGCUCUUCAACCUUCGGGAUGACCCUAUUGAUUAA